CUUGAAAAGCUUCUUUCUCGGUUAUCUUUACAUGUCUUCGAAAAUUCUCUCUUCUACAAAUGCAGUUUCCUGGUAUGAUUUCCUUCACAACUCUAAUGGCUCCCUUGGUUCAAGAACUCCAUUUCCGCCACCUAAUCAUUCCCGUUACCAUUUGUCGUUUAGUUCCGGUACUGCCUGCCGGACCUAUACCAGUCACCUCAGGCGACAGUCUUUACCUCUCAAACCUUGAUGAUAUGAUUGGAGCUCGUGUUUUAACCCCAACAAUAUAUUUCUUUAGAGCAGAUUACUUGAAUUCUGCUAAAAAACCUGUCAUGGAAACGUUAUCUGAUGCUUUGGCCUGUGUUUUAGUUCCUUAUUAUCCUUUAUCUGGCAGGAUUAGAGAAACCAAGAAUGGGAAAUUACAAGUGUUUUUUGGACAAGAACAAGGCGUACUUAUGAUUGAGGCAUACUCAGAUAUGGCUUUAGCUGAAUUAGGAGACCUUACUGUACCGAACCCAGAAUGGUCACCAUUGAUUUACAAGUUCCCAAAUGAAGAACCCUACAAAAUUCUUGACUUGCCCUUGCUUAUAGCUCAGGUAACUCUCUUUCGUUGUGGUGGGUUUAGUCUAGGCUUAAGACUUUGCCAUUGCAUUUGCGAUGGCAUCGGUGCUAUGCAGUUUCUUGGUGCUUGGGCAGCCACAGCAAGGUUAGGCACUUUGGUGACAAGUCCUGAACCUUGUUGGGAUAGGGAGUUUCUCCGGCCUCGAAACCCACCGAUGGUGAAACAUCCACAUAUAGAGUUUAUGAGAGUUGAUGAUGGCUCGAGUUUAACAACAUCGUUAUGGCAAGAAAAGCUUGUGCAGAAAUGUUACAGAAUUACCAGAGAGUUUCAAACUCAACUAAAAACUAUAGCACAAACAGAUAGCAAGUUUUUCUGCACUACUUUUGAUGCUAUAGCAGCACAUAUAUGGAGGUCAUGGGUGAAAGCACUAGAUGUAAAACCAUUAGAAUAUAAGCUUAGGCUAACAUUUUCUGUUAAUGCUCGCCAAAAGCUUAGAAACCCACCAUUAAAAGAUGGUUUUUAUGGCAAUGUGAUAUGUUUAGCAUGUGCAGUGAGCUCUGUGUAUGAGCUUAUUAAUGGAAAUCUUGCUGAUACUACCCGUUUGGUCCAAGAAGCUCGGAUUGGUGUCUCAGAAGAAUACCUCAAGUCAACAAUAGAUUAUAUGGAAGUAGACAGGCCAAAAAGGCUCGAAUUCGCAGGGAAAUUGACAAUAACACAAUGGACAAGAAUCUCAAUUUACGAGUCUGCAGAUUUUGGAUGGGGAAGGCCAAUUUAUGCAGGUCCUAUAGACCUCACCCCAACACCACAAGUUUGUGUACUCCUACCAGAAGGGGGGACUGACUCAACAGGAAGAAUGGUGGUUUGCAUUUGCUUGCCUCAGUCUGCUACGGCUAGAUUUACCCAAUACUUUUAUUCUGCGGAUUCAAACCUCAUAUGAAUGUGUUAAUAGGAAAAAACCUGUUAUAGUUUAGUGCCAAGUUGAUGGUACAGCACUAGAAUUGCUGUAUAUUUGAUUUGAUUUCAAAUUUUUCUUUAAUAAUAAGUGAUAAACCAGUAUAAAAUUUCAGUUCCCUAGACUAGAAUUUAGAAUUUCUUUUUUUAACUGUCUCGUGUCAUCCCAUCUUAGCCGAGGGUGAUUUACAAUUUCUUUAUUAAUCUACAACUCUAUAAUUCA